AUGGCCUCGAUCGCCCGCCAGUCUUCCCUCCUCCGGCAGUCCUGCCUCUCUGCUUUCCGCUCGCCAUUCGCGACCAGAAAUGGCGCCGGCGUGUCGCAGGUUGUGGCCUUCCAUGCCUCCGCGAAGAAGCAGAUUCUGCCUCCUUUGCCUCAGACCAUUCAGGGAACGAUGAACGACGCUGCUCCCAUCCCCACCCCUCACCCCUCGGAGGGAAGCUACCACUGGAGCUUUGAGAGAGCCAUCGCUGCCGGUCUUGUCCCUCUCACCAUUGCGCCCUUCGCUGCUGGCUCUCUCAACCCAGUCAUGGACGCAGUCCUUUGCUCUUUUAUCGUUCUCCACUCCCACAUUGGAUUCCAGGCUGCCAUCAUUGACUACUUCCCCGCUCGCCGUGUCCCCAAGACCGCCACAUUCUGCAACUGGCUCCUGCGCGCCUUCACUCUUACCACUGCCGUCGGUCUGUAUGAGUUUGAGACCAACGACGUUGGUGUAACAGAGGCUUUCAAGAGGGUCUGGAAGGCAUAG